AUUUAAUAAAACUUCAAAUAACUUCAACAUUAUUUAUGUUUUCUCAGGGUUUAGAUGAGGCCGGUGUACCAGGCCUGGACAAAGUUGACAGCUUGGCUGAGUAUCUGGUGGAGCUAAGGAGCAAAACCUCACUGGUGCUGACCAACCAGGAGGUGAGCUGCAUUGUUGCUCUGUGGCAGAACCUGCUGGAGUUUGAUAAACAGAGAACGGUAUUUGCUGCAAGACAUCAAGAAAGAUUGAACACUGGGAGGUUUCGGUCACCCAAGAAGAGGCAAGAAUUUACUCCUGGGGUUGAGAGUGUAAAGAGGCAUGCUCUAACCACUCCAGCCCCAUCUGCCCAAUGGCCAGACUGCUGCCGCUUGGUGGAGACCAUCUUUGUCCGACUGUGCAAUAUCCAUCGUAGUCCAAAGAAAAGAGGAGCAGGCACAGUCUCCAGGUGGGAUUUGAUCCUACAAGACUAUAGAAAGAUCAGGCAGCUCGUUCUGGCGAAUGGAGCUGUGAUGGGGCAGACACAUUUGCAGCUAGUGGAUGUUAGCUACACCACCCUGGUUCAGUGGCAUAACAGAAGGGUCAAAAGGCAAGAGACCGCUGUGGUACUUCAAGGGCUAAACCUUCCCAGCCAGUUUUCUGUAGCUGCUGACCCGCUUCUGCCUGCAAAUAUACGCCCGCAUUACGGCGUACCACAUUCAGGGCCACUGCAUACAUAUAGGCUACCAUCCAACACUGUGGGGCAGUCAAAAUUAAAAAGAAAGCUACAAUUCACUGAUGGGACAAAUCCAUCAGGACAGCGGCAGCUUCUCCCUGCCCCACCCAAAAGGCCUCAGCUAGUGGCAAUUACUCCAAUGGCACCACAGGGAUCUGUUAUCCUCACUACCCAACAGCAACAGAGUUUGUGGAACCUCUCCACCCCUCCUCCACAUGCUUAUCCUGUGGCCCCUGCUCUGGCCCCUGCUCUGGCUCCCAGAGCAGCCCCUGCUCAACCUGGUAGAGAACCUCGAAAAUUGACUCGCAAAGUUUUGCACAACACAUGCAAAAAAUGCGGGCAGUUUAGAAUAGCUGAAACAGGACACAGCCAAUAUAGAGGGCAAAUUUACUGUCCCUCUAAUGAAAGUCUCACUAAAGAGCAGUGGCUGGAACAAAUUAAAAAGAAAAAAUAAACAUUUUCUUUAUUUUAAAUAACUUCACUGUAUAUAAGUUUUAUUUAGUUCAUAGUGUGUUUAUUUGUCAAAAUAAGCACAUCCACUUUGUUUUGGGUUAAUGAUACAGAUAUUUAUUCUUAUUGUCAUUGUGUACACAAAGUAAUUCAACAAACCAUACAGUAAAAGGAUUUAAGUCCUUCAGCAAACCACAAAUUUCUUGGUUAAGAAAAAGAAAUGGGAGACUUCAAUGGAAAUGUGUUGCAUCCAAAUGCUACAAUGUUUUGGGACUAACUAAAAAUGUUUAAUUCACUGUCUUAAUUGUUGAAUAAAUAUUUGGUUCUUUUAAACCGAUAA